GGCGCAUUUCCUGAUCGUUUGUUUCGGGAGAAUUCAAUACAUUUUUAUGAUUUGCUCUUCAUAAACGGCUGCGAGGAUGAGAAGAGAAAGCAGCUUUCAUAGCUUUGAGGACGGAAAAAGUGUUUACAAACCAACUCAUAAUUAUAACACUAGGUUAACAGCGAAGCUCGCGGUCCUGGGUACAACCGGUCACGAGACAGUCGACUCUACGGACAAUCUCACGCCUUCUCCAUCUCCAAUAUUACAAUUCGAAAACCCAAGUUUCACAUCUUCCCCACCGUCGCCUUUAUUUCGUAAACGUGAGGGCAGCGAAAGUUCGUGCGACAGCCGAGAAUUAUUACACAAUCCAUACAAAUAUGACAUGAGCUCGUUGCCGGAUAUGCCGAACAUGGGGUGGCAGGACCGUUCCUUUUGUCCUGGGCACAGAACGUCAUCCCACAGGUUCGGAGCGCUAAGCCGACCAUUCGAUAUCUGGUCAAAAUAUGCCCGGCAUAUCAUCGCCAGUACGUUUCUUGCCUUUAUUAUUUUACCAGUGGUGAACAGCGUGUUCAUGAGCUAUUUUACUAUGAAGGCUGAUUUGGAAAAACUGAAGGCUGAUAAUCAGAUAUUGCGCGACAAGAUAAACAAUCUAGAGAUCAGCAUUAAUUUCAUUAAACAUGGAACGCACAAUGUUAGAGACAUGGUGAAGGAUGAGAUGAGAAGACUGGCGUCCGACCAAACAGGUCGUACAGAUUAUGCGCUAGAAUCCACAGGCGGGUCGAUUGUCAGUCUAUUGCCAGGGACCGAGAAUUAUAACAGACCUAAAAAUUUGUUUGGGCUAUCACUUUGCGAAGGACAAAACGGUCCGAGAGCUAUAAUUCAAAUAGGAACUGCGCCAGGUCAAUGUUGGGCUUUCAAAGGGGGAAGUGGAGGUGUAAUAAUUAAAUUGGUGGGACAUGUAAACAUAGACACUAUAAGUCUCGAGCAUAUUCCCAAAUUUAUGUCGCCAACCGGGGAAAUAUCAACAGCACCGAAAGACUUUGUAGUUAGCGCUUUGAGAAGUGUAGAGGAUGGACAAGGUUCAUAUUUGGGACAAUUCAUGUACGAUAUUAACGGGCCAUCGAUACAGAAUUUCAAAGUGGCAAAUUCUUUUCCAGUUGAAUAUUUGUUGUUCAAGGUGUUAUCUAACCAAGGAAGCCCCGAGUUCACUUGCGUUUACAGGUUACGCGUUCAUGGUAAAUUAGCAACCCCAAGCAUUAACUAAAAUAUUUUAUUUAAUAUGUGAUUAUACAUUUAUUAUUGUAAUAUUGUACAUGAUUUAUUGAAAUAAAAACGUAUUAACCUAAAA